AGUUGGGCAGGUAGGGAUGGCGACAUGGCCGCAGACGACGACGAUACGGAUGAGGAGGAUGAGAAGGACAGGUAGGAGGAGGAGGAGGACAAGGAGGAUGAAGAAGAAGAACACGAGGAGGAUGACAAAGAAGAGAAGGAUGAAGAGGAGGAGGAGGAGGAGGAGGAGGAGGACNGAGGAGGAGGAGGACAACGAGGAUGAAGAAGAAGAACACGAGGAGGAUGACAAAGAAGAGAAGGAUGAAGAGGAGGAGGAGGAGGAGGAGGAGGAAGAAGAAGAAUACACGGAGGAGGAGGAGGAUGGCGACGGACGCGGCGGCGAAGGGGGAAAGGGAGCAGGAGCGGGCCGCGGCGAUGGACACAAAUUGGGACACCGUGACGAUGGAGGAGGAGGAGGCGAAGGGGGAGGCGGAGGGGGGGGAGGAGGAGGAGGAGAAAGAGCAGGAGGAGGAGGAGGUGGAGGAGGAGGAUGACAACGAAGAAGAAGAGGAGGAGGAGGAGGAGGAGGUUGAAGAAGAAGAGAAGGACGGAGAGGAGGAGGAUGACAAAGAAGAAGAGAAGGAUGAAGAGGAGGACAAGGAGGAUGAGGAAGAAGAAGAUGAGGAGGAGGAGGAGGAGGAGGAAAGGGAGCAGAUACAGGGGGGGUCGAUGGAGGAGGACAUGGACGAGGACGAGGAGGAAGAAGAGGAGGAGGAGGAGGAGGGGGAGCUGGAGGACGAGGAGUAAUGAGAGGAGGAGGAGGAGGAAGAGGAGGACGGCGACGAAGAAGAAGACGAGGAGGAGGAAGAGGAGGAGGACGGUGGCGAUGGACAACGAUGGGGAGGAGGUGGAGGACGAAGAGGAGGAAGAGGAGGAGGGGGAGGAGAAGGAAGUGGACGGAAAGGAGGAGAGAGAUGAGAGAGACAUGGAGGAGGAAGGACGGUACGCACCUGCACGGGGGUUGGAACAUGUGUUGGGUCGUGGCUGUUGGCCCGUGAUUUCGGCAACGUCCAACUCCCACGACGUGCCCAAGUCGC